AUGUCCAAAACACCGACAAUUGGUCGUAAAAAUGUUCAGAAAUCUCAACUCAACGAUCUAGAAAGUAAAGACACCAGUCAGACCGAUCGACGUAAUGAAUCCGAGAGAAAGCGCCGCAAUCGAUUCAACGGUUAUAUUGACGAGCUCGGGGGUUUCAUAGCAGAUAGAUGCACUACAAAGAGAAGUAAAGAAAAGUCUUCGAUUUUGAGACUCACGAUUGAAUAUUUCCGCGAGCAGGAAAGAGCUGCUAAAAAAGCCCUGAAACAACCGUUUGGUAAUGCCAAACCUGCCUAUAUCACGAACGAUGAACUUUCCUUUGCCUUCAUGGAAUCGGCAUGUGCUUUCAUAUUUGCCGUGGACCUGACUGGGAAGAUUAUUUAUUCAUCAGACAAUGUAUUCGCAAGCAUCGGACAUUUGCCUGGUCAUAUUAUAAACCGUAGCGUAUUUGAAAUCAUUCAGCCGAAGGAUCAGCCUAUUUUUCAAGGAAUGCUGUCGGUGCUGAGGUCGGAUUCAGCGUUAACCAUGGUACCAAUACCUUCUACUGCCGAUGGUGUCCCUCGAAUUUCUCAACGCCUUGAGCCGUUUUUGUGUCAGUUUUGCCGGGGCCCGCUCGGCCGAGGAGACGGUUUUGAAUUUUUUUACUGUUUCCCAGCUAUGAUAAAGAAUUUUUCCGAGGAAAAAAAUGCCAAACCGGAAUUUCCUGACUGUAUUCAUAUAAUGGCAAAACCUUUGAACAGAGUAGCGUUUAACACGACGCUUCUCCGAUCAGACGGCCCACAGAGAGAAUUCACCGCAAUGCUGAACAUGGAGGCGAAAUACGACUACGUUGAUAAACGUGUGGCUUUCGUUCUCGGUUAUUUCCCUUUGGAAUUGAUGGGACGUUCCUUGUACGACUUUUGUCAUUUCGAAGACCUCGAUGUCUUGGCUGAGUACCACAACAUGUUGCUACUGAGAGGAAAAAUAACAACUUGCUAUUAUCGACACCUGACAAAAGGACAGUCAUGGAUUUGGCUUCAAUCACGCUACCAUAUAUCGUACAGUGACUGGAGUUCUAAGCCACAGGCUGUAACCAGUCUUUCAUGGGCUGUCCCGUAUGAGGAAGUCUGCGAGAAACAGAAAGAAAUACUGGCACGCGAUCGAGAGAAAUUUGCUCUCAUUCAAGAGGGUCUGGAGAGCGCGGAUGGAAAGUCGAUUUCUUCGAAUGACUCUUCCAAGUUUUCCGUCGCUGAUGCGGCAGGUGUUCCAAGAGAAAACGUUGCAAAACGGAGAAGGAGGACAGAUGACUCAUCCCGUUCGGUAUCUGUAUCGUCGAUGGAAGAGAUUCCUAGAUCCGAUGAUUUAAAGAACAAUAAUUGCGAGGACAACGCUGAUUUGAAGGAGAAUGAGAUGAUUGAAUUCGAAAGAUUUUUACAGACACUUGACUUAUCUAAUGCAAGUCUAUCAGGCGCACAACAAGACCUUCAUAGGUUGCUGGUUGAAAAACACACGCGGCUUCUCAAUGAUAUCCACAAACAGACAAAAAAACUUGAAGUACUUCAAAAACAGAUCCAGACUCAAGGGGAGGUACAUGAACUAAUUGAACGAUUAGAAGAAGCCAAAACUACGAACCAAAAAGAGUUGGAAAUAGCCAUAGCUAAAGAAAUUCUAAACAAGUUUGAAGAAAUACGUCGCGUUUCCCCGGGACCGCAAACUGAGGAAAAUCGCGUCACGACAGGUGAACAAAGUUUAGCGAGUUCUUCGUCCAGACCACUUAAGGAAAUUGGUGCUGUAAAUAACCCUCACACAUAUCAAAGAUCGCCUUUUAUUUUGCCAGGAGAACAAAUGACAGAAAAUAGCGUUGAAAAAAAUCGAAAUUGCGCACUUACAGAAGAAGGAGAAUCGUCGUUCCCACCUUGGCAAAAUGACGUCUUUCUCCAAGAUAACUGGAUCCAAAAGCAAGCGGAGCAAGUUCAGUUACAGCAACAAGGAACGUUGAUGCAACAAAUAUGCAACACGGGUUUUAUACCACAGCAACAACCGUUAAUGAUGUUGGGGCAUGUCGCACAGCAACAACAACAACGGAUGGCAUGGCAAGGUCAUGGACAACUACACAACGAGGUAAACCAACUAAACUUAUCACAGGAACAGUUGAUUCAGAGCAACAACUUCAACUCAUUUCCUCAGGAAGGCGGUUCACUAAACAUAUUCAAUGACACAUUUCUCGGUUAA